AUAAUAAUCACCCAGAAUCAAAUUCAGUGGUUACUCCACCGGUGGAGCGAUCGUAAUAGAAGAAGAAGAAGAAGAUGUCGACGGUGUACGUUUUGGAACCUCCGACAAAGGGAAAGGUAGUCGUCAAUACAACGCGCGGCCCUAUCGACAUUGAACUAUGGCCUAAAGAAGCUCCCAAAGCCGUUAGAAACUUCGUUCAACUCUGUCUUGAAGGUUACUACGACAACACAAUCUUCCACCGUAUCCUCAAAGACUUUCUCGUUCAGUGUGGUGAUCCCACCGGCACCGGUACCGGAGGUGAAAGUAUUUAUGGAGAUGUUUUUGCUGAUGAGUUUCAUUCGCGUAUUAAAUUCAAGCAUAGAGGUUUGGUUGCAAUGGCGAAUUCCGGAACACCUAAUUCUAACGGAAGUCAGUUUUUUAUUACUCUUGAUCAUUGUGAUUGGCUUGAUCGAAAACAUACCAUUUUCGGAAAGGUGACAGGAGAUACAAUGUAUAAUCUGUUGAGACUUGGUGAAGUUGAGACUGAUAAGAAUGACCGGCCAUUAGAUCCAGCUCCGAAGAUAUUGUCAGUUGAGGUAUUGUGGAACCCAUUUGAAGACAUUGUUCCAAGAACACUUCAGAAACCUCAGACUAAAGCUACACAUGAUACAGAUGGUAAAGAUGUAAAGAGGAAAGGUGUAAAAAAUUUGAACUUGCUUUCAUUCGGGGAAGAAACUGAAGAAGAGGAAAAAGAAUUGACAUUGGUAAAAAAAAAGAUUGUGAGCAGUCACGAUGUCUUGAAUGAUCCUCGUCUUCUAAAGGAUGAAAAUGCUAAUAAUGAAUUGAGUUCAUCUGAAAGUAAAUUAAAAAGGGAUAUGCAGUUAUCUGUAAGGGAUGCACUUACCUCAAAAAAAGAAGAGCCUCAGAAAGAUUCAGGGGCUGAUAAAUUGGCUCAUCAUGAUUCCGGUGAUGACAAUGAAGCAGAUUUUGAUUCAAGAAUGCGCAUGCAAAUACUCAAAAAGCGGAAGGAACUGGAUGAUCUCCCGCCCAAACCAAAGUUGCAAACUGGAAGGUCCAGGACCAGGUCCAGUCCAGAGAACCAUACUGUGUCAAGAGCUAGGUCCAAUUCUUUAAGUGCUGAUGAGGAUCAACCAAGAGUGGAAAAAUUGUCCAUGAAGAAAAAGGGAAUAGGAUCCGAAGCAAGAGCUGAAAGAAUGGCUAAUGCAGACACGGAUAUGCAGCUUUUGAAUGAAGCGGAGAGAGGAAGACAUUUGCAGAAGCAGAAGAAACGCAGACUUCAAGGGCGUGAAGAGGAAGUUCUGGCAAAACUUGAAAAAUUUAAAACCAAGGAGACAUCCACAACUGUUGAAUCUAAACAUGUUAGUGACGAGGUAUCUGACUGGAGAAGUGGUGGCUUAAAAUUCUCCCCCGCAGUUGGCAAGGACCGCAUGUCUCGCACUGAGGAUCCAAAUGAUUAUGUUGUGCAUGACCCUCUUUUGGAGAAGGGGAAAGAGAAGUUCAAUAAGAUGCAAGCUAAACAAAAGAGACGAGAACGAGAAUGGGCUGGGAGAUCCCUUACUUGAUUUUGCAAGUGUCAACUAUGUGAAUUUACAAAGCUGAUUUGGUUUUCAGUUCUGAAGGCCGAUAUAUCCUUUCAGUUACGGGAGCGCCUUAUGUAUCAAGCAGGAAAACUUGUCCUCAAACCGAGGAAAAACUUGUUGCACUGAGGGUGUUGAUGGGCUUAAUAGUUAAUAGGCAAGGGGAUUAAUAUGUAAUGCAGGGUUACUAUUCAUGUCUUGAUCUAUGUUGCAUUAUUGCUAACUCUUCACCUUUUGGUUGAAGCCAAAUGGCAAAGAUCUCAUGAAAGGAUACCCUCAUUGUGACCUCGUGAAAGGACGUAGUUUGACAUAAUUGUAAUUUUGGUGCAAUGUUCAUAGAUGUAUUGUUUAGCUUUUAAUAGACCUACUUGUUAUUAUGUUUUCAUACCACGAUGGAUGUUGUAUCAUACUUGUGGAAGUUGGAACCAACAUGUUGAGUUGAAAACAUUAUUUUAGACUCA